CGCGGCCGCGGAGCCUCUGGGCACAGCGCUGGGAGAGAGCUCGGGUGCCGAGAAGAAGCCGCGAGCUUCCCCGAUGGUGCCGCCGCCUCCUCCGUGCCGGGGAGGAGCAGCCAAGGGGCAGCUGGGCAAGAGCCUGGGGCCGCUGCUGCUACUCCUGGCGCUGGGACACACGUGGACCUACCGAGAGGAGCCAGAGGACCGCGACAGAGAAGUGUGCUCGGAAAACAAGAUCGCAACGACCAAAUACCCCUGUCUGAAGUCUUCGGGCGAGCUCACCACGUGCUUCAGGAAAAAAUGCUGCAAAGGAUAUAAAUUUGUUCUUGGACAGUGUAUUCCAGAAGACUAUGACAUCUGUGCCCAGGCUCCCUGUGAACAGCAGUGCACGGAUAACUUCGGCCGAGUGCUCUGCACGUGUUACCCGGGAUACCGAUACGACCGCGAGAGACACCAAAAGCGGGAGAAGCCGUACUGCCUGGAUAUUGACGAAUGUGCCAGCAGCAACACCACUCUGUGUGCGCACAUCUGUAUCAACACCAUGGGCAGCUACCACUGUGAGUGCCGGGAGGGCUACGUCCUUGAGGACGAUGGGAAGACCUGCACCAGGGGAGACAAAUACCCCAACGACACUGGGCACGAGGAGAAGGCCGAGAAUGAGGUAAAAGCUGGGACGUGCUGUGCCACGUGCAAGGAGUUCUCCCAGAUGAAGCAGACGGUGCUGCAGCUCAAACAGAAGAUUGCUCUGCUUCCCAACAACGCUGCGGAACUGGGCAAGUAUGCCAAUGGUGAUAAGGUGCUGGCCUCAAACGCCUACCUUCCAGGACCUCCCGGCCUGCCUGGGGGGCAGGGCCCACCGGGCUCACCAGGACCCAAGGGGAGCCCUGGAUUCCCUGGUAUGCCAGGCCCUCCUGGACAGCCUGGCCCACGGGGCUCAAUGGGACCUAUGGGACCAUCCCCCGACCUGUCUCACAUUAAGCAAGGCCGGAGGGGCCCUGUGGGCCCACCGGGAGCACCAGGAAAACAUGGCUCCAAGGGGGAGAGAGGAGCACCUGGGCCUCCAGGGUCUCCGGGACCCCCGGGUUCUUUCGACUUCCUGCUGCUUGUGCUGGCUGACAUCCGAAACGACAUCACCGAGCUGCAGGAGAAGGUGUUCGGACACCGGACUCACUCUUCAGCAGAGGACGCCCCCCUACCUCAGGAAUUUUCCAGCUACCCGGAGACCCUGGACUUUGGCUCUGGGGAUGAUUACCCCAGAAGAACUGAAGCAAGAGACUCAGAGGCCCCCAGAAACUUUUAUCCAUAGCACAUCCCUGUCUUCAUGUCACCAGGAGAAAAGUAUGGCUUUGUCCAGUCAUAGCAUCUGAGGAAAGUUACCACUGGAGGCCUAAAGCCCUUGGGCUGUCUUCCUGCCCUCUCUCUUUAGUCUGCUUCCCAAGUGUCCUGCACAUCCCACCGGCAACAGGACACGUUGAAGAGCUGCUGGGUGGCUUUCCUUAACAGCCUAGUUUUUCUGGAGCUUCUGAAUUUCUAAAUUCAUUGUUCCCACAGAAACUUAAAUUUGGACAAAGUUCCAAAAGGGAGAAAAUGGCAAAGUGGGCUCUUAGAGGUGUAAUAAGGUCCAUUCUAAAAAGCAAGUUAUGUUCAAAAUACUUGACUAUUCCCCCUCUGCUGUCGGGUGUAUGGCUCUUCAGUUGAGGGGAGGAUGAAGAAGGAGCACAAAGUAGAUUGAUGUUGGUUAAAAAAAAAAUGACUUUUCCUUAGCAACAUCACAGAUUUCAAAUUCUGAAUCCUAUAUUUUGGUCUUGUUUUUUUAAAAUAUAUGUAUAUUUCUGUAACCAAAUAUAUUGGUUACAGAAACAAAAGGAUAGAAAAGAAGUACAAAAUGUACUGGUGGCCAGAGGUGCCAUCAGGUCCUGAUUCUGGCUAAAUCAAGGCUGGAGGGAAGUUGCUGGCCUGGAAUCUUGGCAAAGGGUGACGGGGAGGCAUGGAGAAGGGUUUCACUAAAGCUAGAUCACCAGAGGCAGGUUAAUCUGCUCUUAAGAUAUUUGGAGUCCUCAUCCAGAGUCGGCUAAGUGAUGCCCUGGGAAUAACACGCAGCUGAGAGGUCUCAGAUAGAGGAGGGUAAGGAAUUCUAUCUAAUCUGGCAUAAUUUCCCACCAUUUUCUCCCGAUUUAGUUAAUAUUCCCGAUCUAGAUCUCCUUGACUCUCUCCUGGACCAGGUGGAGAUGGCUCGGGGAGAAGCACAUUCCCCGUGCCUCCCUGAGUCCUUUCUAGAGCACUUCUAGAUCCCCAGGGAAACGUGUUCCCAGAAAGGAACAAGAGGCCAGCUUCCUUCAUGUCGUUGGGGUCUCUUGAGCUUCCCAAGGGAUCUUGUUCACAUGGUCACUUCUGUUUGCUAUCCUUCAGUGCCCCCUUUAUUUCUAAGAAGUUUCCCUUUAGCUUUUCCCCAUAGCCUUUGAGCCCCAUUUUCUCCCAACCCCUAUGUGACAAUUGGUCAGGAGAAAACUGCUAUUGGGAUUUGCAUGACCCUGCACUAUCCGUUCUUCCUGAGCAAUGAGAAGGGGAUCUGUCUACAGAGCCCAGGUGGCCCAAUGGGCUUUCGCUUCCCCUCCCAUCCCUCUCAUGACUCUCUUCUUUCCCUCUCUUCUCUCUCUUCCUCUCCCUUUCCUCCUUCCUUCAGUCCCUUUACUUCUCUUGCUUUCUUCCCUCCCUCCAUCCCUGCUUGCCUGCUGACCCCCUUCUAUCAGAAAGGCAGGGUUCCCACCCACUCAUGCCAAAUCCCCAGUGGCUGUCCACCAUCAGGUCAUGAUUAAGGCAAACACACACUUGCAUGGCUUGCUUGCUGUCUCUUCCUCCUCUCCCCCCUCGGUCUCUCCAGAACCUGAGCCCCACCCCAGAUGGCCUUGUCAACCUUGGGUUCCUGGGGAGAUAGACGCAACCACAGCCCAGUCCCAGCUGGACUCUCUUUAAUGCUUGCCUGCUUACAGAACCCAGAGUUUAAAGGGCGUAGAUGGAUGGAGUCUCAAAACUAUGCAAGGCUCUAUGAGCAAUGAUUAUGUCCAUCCUUUUUAUGAGGAAUUUUAUAACCUCUGUUUUUUCUAGACAGUGAGAUGUGUGUAGAAACAUAAUCUUUAUUGCUGAAUGCUGGUAAAAUACAAGCACACUCCACGCUGGGCCAGAGGCCAGGAUAAUGUACUAAAAGAAUGAAGUGCAAGCAUAAUAGCUGGGAUUCAUGAGUCUCUCCCUAGAUAAUUCUCUCCAGUAAAACAUACAAGAGCCUGUAUUUGGUAACCUCAAUCUGCUGGACCAUGUCAGUUUAGGUAAUCAUUAUACCUCGGAUUUUCAAAACUUGGACUACUAACUAUGAGACCAAAGUAUGUCCUCUACUUGUCAAGAUCAUUGGGGUAUUUUAGUGAAAAAAAAAAAGCAUUAUUGCUUAUGUAGCUCUUGGAUAGAAAAAAAAUCAAAGCUUUACUAUCUAAGCAAACUUUUGCUCAAAAUCCCAUGGGAAGGCCUUUGGGAGGAAGGACAGUACAAAACAGAUUUACUGAAUCACUCCAUAUCUCAUGACAAAAAAAAAAUGUUUUGUUUUUUAAUACCUCCAUCAACCUUUGGUAGAAUUGUUCAAUUUUUCUAAUAUCCCCACACGUAAGACUUAGCAAUAAAUUGCCUCUGUAUUAUAAAUAAAAACUCACUGAAAAAAUAUAAGGAAGACAUGCAUUUUAGUUCAGAAAAACUAUUCUCCCUUCCCAGUUCCCAAGGGAAAACUAGCUUUCCUGUGCCAAAAAAAAAGUUAUUAGGAGCCAGAUGCUGUGGUAUACACCUAUAACCCUGGCACCUGAGAAGCAGUAAUGGGCAGGUCAGGAGUUCAAAAUCAGCCUCAGCUACAUAACAAGUUUGAGGUCAGUCUGGGCUAUACAAGAGCCUAUCUCAAAAUAAUAAUAAUGAUAAUAUAAUAAUGAGUAGGGUACUGGAGAAAUGACUUAGCAGUUAACGAUGCUUGCUGCUCUUCCAGAGGGCCAGAGGUCAAUUUCCAGCUCCUGCAUCAGGUAGCUCACAAACUCCUAUAACCCCAGUUCCAGGUGACCUACUACUGCCCUCUCCUGGCCUCUGUGGCAUCUGCACUCACAUGCACAUAUAUACACAUAGAUACACACAGAGAUAAUGUAAAAGUCUUUUUUUAAAGGAGUGGGUAACAAAGGGGAUAUUGGCUCUUCUUGUUUUCUAUGUUACUCUCCAAUACUUGCUACAGAAUUAACUAAAGUCAUAUUUCUGUGUAGAAUCCAUCAUCUAAGAGGUAAAUAAUAAGUGUUUAUUGACCUUCGAGGGAAAGGAGUAUAACCUCACCCAAAGACCAGGUGUAGAGCACCCAGCUAGGUCCAGAUAGGUAAUGUCCUCUUUCCAAGGUCCUGAACAGCCUUGGCCUAGGGACAGAUCUUCUUCAAGACCAGCCAUCAUAUUUUAUCUUGGGGGUCUCAGGAAGCAACUCCCUAUCUUAUUUUGAGCAUCAUUUCCCUCCUUUUCCCUUAUUCUGGCUGCCUCACAGAGUCAGCCUUAGCCACCACCUCCCACAAGCCGCAAAGUGAUCUGUCAGACAGCUUUUCUGAAGGGGAAAAUUAUUUGCUGGAAUCUGAGCCAAACAAUUAGUAGAAUAGAGCUGCCUAAAGUUAUCCAUCAUGUAUUCAUGGAAACGGAUGCAUUGUUUCCCAGCACAGCAAUCACAUAUGUUCACAGCAUUUCACAGAUAAUUUUCUAUUGGGCUAAGAAGACAAAGGCUGCAAAUGUUAAAGAUGAAAUGGCAUGCUUUAUAUACAUCUGCAAAUGUUAUGGUCAGAGAGAAACCAUGAAAAGGGUGAUUGGGCUACAUACCCCUCACAAAGCUCAGCACGUUUUGUCAGAGUCCCAGAGGUUGGUCCCUGAGGGGUUCGUGGGUCCGUUUUUACUUCCCAGUGACUGGUCAUAUACUUUAGUAUCUUUGUCCAUUAUUUAUAUCAGAUAUAUAUAUAUCAGUCAAAUUGAUAGUCCAAUACUCAUGGAUGUAAUACUAUGAAGUGCUUU